AUGAAAUUGGAUGCAUAUAAGCCACUCAAAGCUCAUGUGUCAUUAUUCCUUGACGAUGAAUUAAGACGCUUCAAAGAAGGAAGCAUCUUAUUCAACAGAAGCAAUUACGAAGAUGUUGAAGCUAUGAUAGAGCUUCUUGAGGCUUCACAUCUGGCUUUGGAAGGUGAAAACAUUUUGCAUGAGGCGAAAGCCUUCUCAACUGGGAUUCUCCGCAAAAGAGUGUCCAGUUUGGAUGGUCGUCUCUUCAAACGCACCGUCCAUGCUUUGGAGCUUCCGUUGCAUUGGAGGGUCCAGUGGUUCGACAUCAAAUGGCAAAUAAGCUUGUACGAGCAACGGGAGGACAAGCAAAGCAAUCUGCUUGAGCUUGCCAAGCUCAAUUUGAACACGGUCCAAGCCACACACCAAAGAGAUCUUAGAGAGAUAUCUAGGUGGUGGAGGGAUCUGGGACUCAUGGAGCACGUGGACUUCACGAGGAAUCGGCUGGUCGAGAGUUUCUUGUGUGCCCUUGGACUCUCUCAGGAAACACGGCUCAGCUCGCUGGAAGAGUUGGAAUGCUUUAUACUGGUGAUCGACGAUGUCUACGACCUUUAUGGUUCGUUGGAAGAGUUGGAAUGCUUUACCAGCGCCAUUACCAGGUUGUCCACGAUGCCUCCCAAUCUCUUCCUUUCGUCUCUGUUCAGUUUAUUUUCGCUAACUGGAAAAUCUGAUGCUUCUAGAUGGGACUCGGAGCAGAUUCAACAGCUUCCCGAGUGCAUGAAGGUGUGUUUCCAAGCGCUUGACGAUGUUAUUCACGAGAUCGCUUAUGAUAUUGGCAAAGAUGAAGAUUGGCAUCGAGUGCUACCACAUCUUGCGAAAGCAUGGGACAAUAUGGGCUACACACCAUCGCUGGAAGAGUACUUGAGCAAUGCGUGGACAUCAUCUUCAGGACCACUGAUCAUGUCUCACGCUAGUUUCUCUGUGGGACAUAUGAAUUUGGAGGAUGUAGCAGAUUUGCUCGAGAGAAACAAGGAUCUGAUUUACAAUGUGUCCAUGAUAAUUCGACUCUGCAAUGACCUUGGAACGUCAACGGCCGAAAGAGACAGAGGAGAUGCUCCAUCGUCAGUGGUGUGUUACAGGCGAGAAGCGAAUGUUCCGGAAGACGUCGCUAGGAAGCACAUCAAGGAAUUGAUAAACCAGGCAUGGAAAAGCAUCAAUGCUCAUUGCUUUGGCAAUUUCGAGACGCCCUUUGUCCGAACCUUCAUUGAUGCCACUGUGAACGCGGCUCGUGUUGCACAUAUGCUUUACCAGUUGGGAGAUGGGUUUGGCGUCCAGGAUGGUGAUAUUAGGCGGCAAAUCUUAUCUGCAGUGAUCCACCCUGUCGCUCUUAACUGA